AUGUGCAUGCAGGCAGCAAACGUCGCGGCGCGUUUUGUGGCGACGGCGGUCAUUCCCCAGCGACGGCCAGUGCUGGUGGUACCAGUCGCGGAGACACAAGCAAUCACCCCACGCAACUGCCCGAGCGAGCUGCAAAGGGACACAGCAACGCCCCACGCUCCGCGCCCACCACACACCACCACGCACAAAGCAACAACGCGCCGCCAUCUUGUUGGCCUGAUCGCCCUGCACCAGCAACAACAACAGCAAGCAUUUGAAGAAGAAGAAGAAGAAACGCUGCACGAUGCCGCGAGAGCACUCGUUGCAGCACCAGCUGCAGGCACAGCAGCACAGCUGGCAGUCUUCACCACCGCCACAACAGCCACAGCGCAGAUGCACAUGCGCGAGCCGUGCGAGAUCAGAAGCAGCAACAGCUGCGGCGGCGACAACCACCCAACACAACCAAACACACAGAUCGAGGACGAUUGCACGAGCAGCUAUCCAGCAACCGUUACAGCACCGACAUCACACAUCAGCAGCCCAAGCAUGUUCAGGAGCCCUAAGGCGGCGAACAACAACAACCACACCACACCACACCACGCUACAGCGCUCCCCGUGACUGCGGUGGAUAUGGACAACACCGUGUAUGGGGUGUUGCAACGCAACGCAGAGUACAGCACCUUUGUCUCCCUCAUCGAGCGUGUGGGGUUGGACGCGCUCUUGCAAUCGUCCGUGCCCCACACCGUCUUUGCCCCAACAAACGCCGCCUUCGACGCCCUCGGUGCGCUGGAGUUUGCACGCAUCACCGCCCCAAAAUACGAAACUGAGCUCUUCACCAUCCUCUCCCGCCACAUCAUCCUGGACAGCACCAUCGCCCUGUCCGGCUCCCUGUCCGUCAAGCGGCGCGCUUCAAACGGCGAGCUUCUCUUCAUCUCCGGCAACACAGACGCCGGCUACACCGUGAACAACUCCCCCGUUGUCCUGGAAAACGUGCUCGCCCUCAACGGGUACGCGCACGGCGUGUCCCGCGUGCUCAUUGUGGCCGGCCCGCUGCCCGAGCUCCCUCCAACCACCACCACCACCACCACCACCACGACAACAACAUCGACAGGUAGCGGGGCCAUCGGCUCCACGACCACCACGACCACGGCCGCGAGUGGCGCUGGCUCAGGGUCCUCCACCACCAGCACCUCGCCAGCACCCACUUCCAGCUCCACAACACAGACUGAUGGGUCUGGUGCAACGAGCACGAGCACGACCACGACCACAACCACAGCGCCAGCGACAUCGUCGGUGACCACAACUACCCCGACGCCCAUCACGACGACGACGACCGGGUUUGGAGGCAGCGGCUCUGGUGAUGUGGCAGGGAGCAUCGCGGACUACCUCAUUGCUCGCCCACGGUACUUCUCCGUCUUUGUCACACUCCUCAACGCCACGGACUUGCUUGAUGUUCUGGCCAACGUGCCCCUGCUCCCACCGGCGCGCCGUCGCCGAGCCGCGCCAGAGGACCCGACACCACCGCUCACCAUUGCAGCGCCCGUCAACUCGGCAUUUGAUCCCAUCAACAUCCAGGCCACCUUCUUCUCCAGCAACAACACGGACUUCCUGCGGCGCACGCUGCUCUACCACAUGAUUGAGGGCGUGUUCACCGUGGAGGAACUGGCCCUGCUCGGCUCCAUCCCAACAGCAGCCGGACCCUCCGUCCGCGUCACCACAAACAGCGCCGGCACCACCUUCUAUUUCCAGAACACGGGCAAGGUGAAGGCGGAGGUGCUCUCCCCAAACCUGGAGACGGGCAGCGGCGUUGUGCACGUCAUUGACCGCGUGCUGCAAAUCUCAUCGGGGAAUGGGCCGGCAUGCGUGGUGGACGGCGUUGGAAACCUCAUCCCCGGUGGCCCGCUCGGCGUGUGCGAGUGCGGCUUGCAAGACCCGUCCUUCACGGGCAAGCUGAAUGCCAUGUGGAUUGGCAACUACUGCGCCGAGUGCCCGUCAGACUCGUUCUGCGCGCAGCAGCUGUGCGCUCUCAACGCCACCUCGGGCGACUUCCUUCCGUUCAUGAGCCAGCUCAGCCUGUGCGAGUGUGUGGAUGGCGGCUUCAUCAACUUCACGAGCCUCAACCCAACAUGGCGGCUCACCGUGUGCCAGGACCACCUCAUCCACGUCCACGAGCACAAGCACAAGCACAUCGACAAGCACAUCGACAAGCACAUCUACAAGCACAUCUACAAGCACGAGCACAACAACAUCCACGUCCACGUCUACAAGUACCACCACAUCGACGAGUACAUCAACAAGUACGUCGACGAGUACAUCGACAAGCACAAGCACAAGCACAAGUACAAGUACGUCAACGAGCACCAGCACAUCCACGUCCACAUCCACAUCAACGUCCACGAGCACAAGCACCAGCACGAGCACGAGCACCAGCACGAGCACAACAACAUCCACGUCCACGUCUACAAGUACCACCACAUCGACGAGUACAUCAACAAGUACGUCGACGAGUACAUCGACAAGCACAAGCACAAGCACAAGCACAAGCACGAGCACCAGCACCAGCACCAGCACGAGCACCAGCACCAGCACGAGCACAACAACAUCCACGUCCACGUCUACAAGUACCACCACAUCGACGAGUACAUCGACGAGUACGUCGACAAGCACAAGCACAAGCACAAGCACAAGCACCAGUACAACACAAGCACAAGCACCAGCACCAGCACCAGCACCAGCACUAGCACUAGCACCAGCACGUCCACAUCAACGUCCACGAGCACAAGCACCAGCACCAGCACAUCUACAUCAACGUCCACGAGUACGAGCACAAGCUCGAUGAACACAACCACGGCGCCUCCCCCGCCCAUCGACUGCAUUGUGACGGGGUGGUUCUGCUUGAGUGUGAGCCCGAGCGGGUAUGACCCUGACGUGUGUGGAUGCACGCGCGACUGCGGCGGUGGUCUUCGCAUCUACCGGCGGUUUGUGCUCCAGGCUCCAGCAAACGGCGGCGCACAGUGCCCCGCACUGCUCAUGCAGGAGGCGUGCAACACCCAUCCUUGCACAACCACAACCACAACGUUUACAUCCACUUCCACCAGCACGUCCACGUCCACGUCAACCUCAACAUCGAUGUCGACAUCGACGUCAACAUCAUCGUCCACAUCCACUUCAUCCUCAACAUCAACAUCCUCAACGAGCACGUUCACAACAACCCCAUUCGUGACGACAACCAACGUGUCAAACACCACCACCAUUGCCCCGACAUCGUCCUUCACCCUCUCGGCUGCGCCCAUUAUUGGCACAGACGAUGACGAUGCGACGUGGCUCGUGCUCCUUCCCAUCCUGGUGGCCCUGUUCGUGCUCAUGUGCAUCGUGCUCGGCUGCCCAGUCUUCUUCAGUGCAGGCGCCGUUGCAGCCUUUGCCGGCCCACGAGACGCCGCUGUCGGCACGGAUCCUGUCAUGUUCGCCGGAGGAUCUGACACGCUGCUGGACGAGGACGAGUGGGAGUACGACACAUUCACCGCCGGCUACGACGGCACCGAUGGCAUAGGUGUGAUGAUGAACAACGCCACCUACGGCACGGGUCCACCCCGUGGCACCGUCGUCACCAAUCCCGUGUACGCCUCCAUUCCACCUCGUGGUGUCAUGGUCAACAACGCCGCGUACGGCGAGCCUCGCGACGGCACGUGGAGUUCCCUCGCCUCAGAUGUUACGCCACCAGAGUGGCACGAGUGA